AUGAUAUAAUAGAUUAAAAGAUAUUAUAAUUUGGAAGAAUUUAUAAACUCUUCACUUUUAUCUCACGAGGUUCUCCAUAUUCAUCUCAAUUACAAUUAAAUUGGUGAUGGAAUGGAAUGGAAUUUACUCGCACAUGUAACAUGCACUCAGAAAAAAUAAAUUGGUGAUGAAGGUGCAUCAGGCUUAGGUUCUGCUUUAGCAAAUUGCAUUAAUCUCUCAAAUUUGACACUUAAUCUUCAUGGAAAUUAAAUUGGUGCAAAGGGUGCAUCAGGCUUAGGUUCUGCUUUAGCAAAUUGCAUUAAUCUCUCAAAUUUGACACUUUACUUUAAUCGAAAUUAAAUUGGUGAUGAAGGUGCAUCAGGCUUAGGUUCUGCUUUAGCAAAUUGCAUUAAUCUCUCAAAUUUGACACUUAAUCUUAGUCGAAAUUAAAUUGGUGAUGAAGGUGCAUCAGGCUUAGGUUCUACUUUAGCAAAUUGCAUUAAUCUCUCAAAUUUGACACUUAAUCUUCAGUAAAAACAGUUUAUUU